AUGCCUCAACGCAACGAGCCCAUUGCCGUCAUCGGCAGCGCAUGCCAGUUUCCUGGCCAGUCCACAACGCCGUCGAAGCUGUGGGAGCUCUUGAGGGAGCCGCGCGACCUGUUGCAAACUAUCCCGUCCGACCGCUUCAAUGCGGAAUCCUGGUACCACGCAGACAGCGCCCACCAUGGCACCAGUAAUGUUACCAAAUCCUACUUUCUUGCCGAAGAUCCCACCGCCUUCGACUCACAGUUCUUCAACAUCCCGCCCAAGGAAUGUGAAGCUAUUGAUCCGCAACAGCGUCUCCUCAUGGAGACUGUCUAUGACUCCCUCUGUGCGGCAGGCCUUUCGAUGAAGAGCCUCCGCGGCACGUCGACGGCGUGCUACGUUGGUCAGAUGUGCGACGACUGGUCUGGCAUCAUGAUGAGGGAUUGGGACUCGCUCCCCCAGUACACGGCUACUGGUAUUUCAAGGAGCAUCAUGUCCAACCGUGUGUCGUAUUUCUUUGAUUGGCACGGCCCUUCGAUGACCAUCGACACGGCCUGCUCGUCGUCUCUUGUGGCGGUGCAUGAGGCGGUGCAGGUGUUGAGGAGCGGCGACUCCAAGGUCGCAGUUGCGUGCGGAGCCAACCUCAUUCUUAGUCCAGGAAUGUACAUCGCGGAGAGCAAGCUGAAAAUGCUGUCGCCGGACGGACGUUCCCGCAUGUGGGACGAGGGAGCCAACGGCUACGCGCGCGGUGAGGGCAUCGCGGCCGUGGUGCUCAAGACGCUCUCGCAGGCGCUGGCCGACGGCGACCACAUCGACAACGUCGCCCAAGCAGCCCUCAUCCGCGACACGUACCGGAAAGCGGGGCUGGAUCCGUACAGCCCCAACGACCGGCCGCAGUUCUUCCACGCCCACGGCACCGGCACUCCCGCCGGCGACCCGCAGGAGUCCGAGGCCAUCAGCCGCGCCUUCUUCAAGGACGGCGAACGGACAGACAACAAACUCUAUGUGGGCUCGAUCAAGACCGUCAUCGGCCACACCGAGGGCACUGCCGGGUUGGCCUCUCUGAUCGGCACCUCGCUCGCCCUGCAGCACAAGACCAUCCCGCCCAACAUGCAUUUCAACAAGCUGGCCGAGAAGGUCGCUCCGUUCUACACCAACCUGGAGCCUCUCCGCGCCUCGGUCAACAGUUUCGGCUUCGGCGGCGCCAACGCCCACGCCAUCCUGGAGCGCUACGAGCCCUCGACGCACGGCCAAGCUGCCACUGAUAAUGCCCUACCUCUCUUCACCCCCCUCACCUUCUCCGCCGGCUCGGAGAAGAGCCUCCAGGCGAUGCUGGCGUCGUUCUCGGACUAUCUCAAGACUAACGAAUCCACCACCAACAUCCGCGACAUCGCCUGGACGCUGCAGAACCGCCGCUCGGAGCUGGCCUUCAAGACGGCCGUAUCGGGGCAGACAUCCAGCGAGCUCGUCCGCUCCAUCGACGCGGCGCUUGAUUCCAAGGAGAACCUGGGCGGCGCGCAGUGGCCGACCAUGGGCGCCGCGCUCCUCCGCGCCUCGCCCUACGCCCGCGACGCCAUCGCCGCGCUGGACGCCUCGCUGCAAGACCUCCCCGAAGCGGACCGGCCCGCCUGGUCCAUCCGGGCUGAGCUCGAGGCGCCCAAGGAGUCGUCGCGGCUGGCCGAGGCCGCGCUGUCGCAGCCGCUGUGCACAGCCGCCGUGGUCGGCCACUCGUCCGGCGAGAUCGCGGCGGCGUACGCGGCGGGGUUGGUGUCGGCGAGGGACGCCAUCCGCAUCGCGUACUACCGCGGCGUGUACGCCAAGCUCGCUGGUUCGAGCUCGGGAGCCAAGGGCGCGAUGAUGGCCGUCGGCACUUCGCUGGAGGAUGCGAGGGAGUUCUGCGAGCUGGAGGAGUUCGAGGGCAGGCUGACGGUCGCGGCCAGCAAUGCGGCGUCCAGCGUGACGCUGUCGGGCGACGAGGACGCCAUCGACCAGGCCGAGGAGAUCUUCAAGGACGAGUCCAAGUUCGCCCGCAAGCUGCGCGUCGACACGGCGUACCACUCGUUCCACAUGGUUGGCGAGGCCACCGCCACCACUUGGUUCUCGUCGGUGGUGCCGGGCACCAAGAUGUCCAAGGAGACGCUGGGAAGCCAGUACUGGGUCGACAACAUGAAGAACACGGUGCUGUUCUCGCAGGCUGUUUCGGCCGCCGUCAACGAGGCUGGUCCCUUUGACCUGGCCAUCGAAGUCGGCCCCCAUCCUGCCCUCAAGGGCCCCUGCUUGAACAACAUCGAGGAUGCGUCCGGCAGCCCCGACACUCCCUACACCGGCCUGCUUUCGCGCGGCAGCGACGACGUCAACGCCUUUUCUGCCGCGCUCGGCUUCAUCUGGGAGCGCUUCGGUGCCGAGGCGGUCGACUUUGACGCCUAUGACAAGCUGGUGUCGGGCAGCUCUGAGCCCAAGAGUCUGGCAGUCGACCUGCCGAGAGACGCGCGUCCGCACCCCAUCCUCGGCGUCAAGUCCAUCGAGGGCACGACAGGGCCCCAGAUUCAGUGGAGGAACAUCAUCACGCAGAGGGAGGUGUCGUGGACCCCCGGCCACAAGCUGCAGGGGCAGACUGUGUUCCCCGCGGCUGGCUACGUGUCGAUGGCCAUUGAGGCUAUAAUGACCCUGGCGGGCGAGAACUCGGUCCAGCUUGUCGAGCUGACUGAUUUCGUCAUCGGCCGUGCCAUUUCUUUCUUCGACGAGUCGGCGGCCCAGGAGGUCAUGUUCACGCUGAAUAUCACCGCGAACACCGACGAGAUGAGCCAAAACGCCAAAGGAGCUAUCAGCAUCACUCUGGGCGUUCCUUCACACGACACCCUUGCCGCGGUGCCCGUUCAGCAGUUCAACAUGGUCGACGUCGAGGUCGAUCGGUUCUACAAGGCGCUGUCCGACAUGGGCUACCACUACUCGCCUCCCUUCAAGGCCAUGAGCAGCAUUCGCCGCAGGGUGGACACUGCCGUGGGUGAGAUGACCGACAUCCGUGGAGAGCACUGGGAGGACAAUCUCCUGCUGCACCCUGGCCUUCUCGACACGUCGUUCCAGGCCAUCUUCGCCGCCUUCAGCUCCCCCGGCGACGAGAGACUGUGGUCCAUUCAUGUUCCCACGAUCAUCAAGCGCAUGACUUUCAACCCUGCCGUUGCCUCAUUCCCGCCUGUGUUCGCUGAGAAUGGCGAAGAUGUUCUGUUUGAGGUCGAGGGCAUCAGCAUGGUUCCAUUCUCCAACGCCACCGCCGAAAACGACUGCCACCUGUUCUCGAACUUCGUCUACGACAUUGACGGCCCGAGCGAGGAGGAAGAGCAGACCCUCAUCCACUACAAGAGGAUGCUCAAGUGGUGCCGUUUCGUGCUCGACCAGGUCAAGAGCGGCGAACACCCGCACGUCAAGCAAGAAGCUCUGAACGACACGCUCGAUUUCGUAGAGGAGCUGGUCAAGCCGUACGGCCAGCGCGCCGACAUCGACCUGAUCAGGGCCGUGGGAGAAGACCUCCCCAUGAAGAUCCGCACCAACGGCAACAUCGUCGAGACCAUGGUCCGCGACGGCAUGCUCGACGCCUUCUACGAAGAGGGUCUGGGUCUGCACAUCGCCAACAACUGGGAGGCGAACAUGGCCGUGCAACUCACGCACCGCUACCCGCGCAUGAACGUGCUCGAAAUCGGCGGCGGCACCGGCGGCUCGACGAGAAUCAUCCUGCCGCGCCUCGGCCAGAACUUCUCGACCUACACCUUCACCGACGUGUCAGCCGGCUUCUUCGAGGCAGCCGAGGAGCGCUUCAAGGACUACGCCGACCGCAUGGUCUUCAAGACGCUCGACAUGGAGAAGGACAUCACUGAGCAGGGCUUCCAGGAGGGCCACUACGACAUGAUUCUCGCGUCGAACGUGCUGCACGUGGGCGCUGACCUGGACGCCACCAUGAGCAACGUCCGCCGUCUGCUCAAGCCUGGCGGCUGGCUGAUCAACAUGGAAACCGUCACCUUCUUCCCCUGCCUGCGCAACGGUUUCGCCAUGGCCGGUCUCUCCGGCUGGUGGAUCGGCGCUGACACUGGCAGGCCGUGGGGUCCGACCAUCGACAUCGCCGAGUGGGACAAGGUGUACAAGCGCACUGGCUUCUCUGGCGUCGACACGUUUGCUCCCAACUUCGACUCGCUCCACCCCUUCUCUGUCAUGGCUGCCCAGGCCGUGGACGAGCGUGUUUCGUUCCUCCGCAAGCCGCUGGAGGUCGAGCCUGCGGACGCCAAGAAGGAAGAGCUCGUCGUCAUUGGCGGCAGGACGGAGGAGGUUUCGGAGAUUGUCGACCGCGUCGUCGAACUGCUGGCGCCGCGCUUCAGCUCUGUUAGCCGCGUCGAUUCGGUGGACGCAUUUGUCGACGGCAGCGCCACGGUGCCCACAUGCGUGCUCAACCUCUCGGAGCUCGACACGCCCGUCAUGCAGGAGCUGAUGGACGACCAGCCCGACAAGUUCGACGCACUCAAGGAAAUCUUCUCGUCGGCCCGCGACAUCCUGUGGGUCACCAAGGGCAGCAGGGCCGAGAGCCCGUACUCGCGCAUGGUGGUCGGCAUGGCGCGCGCCAUCCGCAAGGAGAUCCCCAGCGUCAACUUCCAGAACCUGGACGUCGACGUGCUGGAUGAGGGCAGCGCCGAGCUGUUCGCCGCCACCAUGCUGCGCCACCAGACGCUGCACAGGUGGGAGAAGGAGCUGCUGCCCGGCGCGCUGCGCUGGAGCCGCGAGCCCGAGAUGCAUCUCGAGAACGGCAAGAUCUACCUGCCGCGCUUGAAGUCGGCCAAGGACUUGAACGACCGCUACAACUCGACCAAGCGCCAGAUCGCGCACGGCGUCAGCGUCAAGGAGUCGAGGAUCGAGCUCGUUGGCACCAAGGAUUCCUACGAGCUGCGUGAGCCGUCCCCUCUCAAGCCGGCUCCGGCCACCGAGGGCAAGGUUGUCAUCAAGGUUACCAAGUCUUUGCUGCAGUCUGUCAAGGUGCCAACUGCUGGCUACUACUUCCUGUGCUACGGUACCACCGAGUCUGGCGAGACUGUUGUUGCCUUCUCAGACAGCAGCGAGUCCGUAAUUGCGGUGCCUAAGAACUGGACUGUUCCGCACUCGGCCAAGGUCGACCCGGCCAAGGCUCUCCUUUCCAUUGCCGCCAACAUUCUGGCGGAUCUUGUGACCACUGUUGCUCCUGCUCAGGGCACUCUGCUGGCGCACGACCCUGACCCGAUCGUUGCUGCGGCGCUGUCCAGGCAGGCUGCUGCCAAGCGUAUCCGCGUGUUCUUCACCACCACUCAAGCCAACAAGAAGCGCCCCAACUGGAUCUACAUCCACCCGAACUCGCCCCGCCGUCUGCUGAAGAAGAGCCUGCCCAAGGGUGUCUCGCUAUUCAUCAACCUGUCUGGUAGAGAUGAUUCCAAGCUGAUUGAUGAGAUCUCCGAAUAUCUCCCCGCCGGCUGCACGCUUUCGGACCGGUCGCCUUUCUUCGGCAACACGGUGGAAAUGCGCCCUGCUGCCAACCCUGACCUCGUUGGCAGGUACCUGUCGACAGGCUGGGCCAACGCCAAGGCAUCCAGCUUUGCCAUUCCCGGAAGCACGACCGAGAUUCCCCUCAAGGACGUGCCCGGCCACCGUGGCAAGGCAGAGCAGCUGUCCGUGGUCGACUGGGUCGCCGACGCCACGGUGCCAGCCAACGUGCAGCCCAUCGACACGGGCGCCAACCUGUUCAAGCCCGACCGGACCUACUUCAUGGUCGGCCUCUCGGGCGAGGUGGGCCAGUCCAUCACGCAGUGGAUGAUCCGGCACGGCGCGCGGCACGUGGUGCUGACGAGCCGCAACCCGCAGGUCGACCCGGAGUGGAUCGAGACGCUGGAAGACGAGUACGCGGCCGUGGUCAAGACCAUGUCGCUUGACGUGACGGACCGCGAGUCGCUGCACGCCUGCUACGACAAGAUCAACCGCACCAUGCCGCCGAUCGCGGGCGUGGCCCACGGCGCCAUGGUGCUGAUCGACUCGCUGUUCCAGAACAUGGAGUACGAGGACCUGAUGACGGUGCUGCGGCCCAAGAUCCUCGGCGCCAUUUACUUGGAUGAGCUGUUCGCUGAGGACACGCUGGAUUUCUUCAUCCUGUUCUCGUCGAUUACCGGCACGGUGGGUAACACGGGCCAGAGCAACUACAUCGGCGCCAACUCGUUCAUGGAGGCCCUGGGCCUGCAGCGCCGCGCCCGCGGCCUCGCCGCGUCUAUCCUCGGUAUCUCGUCGCUCGUCGGUAUUGGCUACGUCGAGCGCGCUGAGAACUUCGACGCCGAGUACUUCGCCAAGAGCGGCUACAGGAAUAUCUCUGAGCAGGACUUGCACAUGCUGUUCGCCGAGGCCGUCGUGCGCGGCCGCCCGGAGUGCAAGGAGAGCCACGAGAUCAUCACUGGUAUCGUGCCGACGUACGCAGACCAGGACAGCAAGGCUGGCUACCUCCAGGACAUCAAGUUCUCGCACCUGGCCCUGGAGAGGUCGCAGGCGAGGAACGAUGGCGGUGCCGCCGCGGCAGUGCCCGUCAGGAUCCAGCUGCAGACGGCAGUCACGAAGGACGAGGUUCUGGAGAUCAUGCAAAACGGCUUCGUCGCCCGCGUCAAGAAGGUGCUCCGCAUCCCCGCCGAGGACGACUUCUCCCUCACGGCCUCACUGGUCGAGCAGGGCGUCGAUUCCCUCGUUGCCGUCGAGGUGCGCUCGUGGUUCCUCAAGGAGGUCGAUCUCGACAUGCCUGUACUCAAGGUCCUCGGUGGCGCUUCCAUCUCUGAUCUGCUUGCUGAUGCUCUGGACCGCCUCUCGCCCGAGCUCGUCCCCAACCUCGGCGCUGACCCAUCCACUCUACCACCACCAUCAUCGACCACGGAGCUGAAGGCUGAGCGGGAGCGUAGAGCCGAGGCAGCAAGGAAACGGGAGGCAGAGGAGGAAAAGCGGACGAAGGACGCGGCGAGGAAGGCAGAGGAAAGCCGCUUCUGGCUCCUCGACCAGAUGCUCAAGGACCGCACCACGUUCAACAUGGCCAUCUCCGUGCGUCUCGAAGGCGCCAUCCGCGUCGAAGACAUGCGGACGGCCGUCCGAGCCGUCGUACUGAGACACGAAGCCCUCCGCACCCGCUACUUCUCCACAGGCGAACACGGCGACACGCCCAUGCAAGGCAUCGCCGCUUCCUCCCCCUCCGUCCCCUUCAUCCACAAGCACAUCAAAUCCGAGGCCGAGGCCCAGGCUGACCUCGACGCCGUCCGCGCGCACGUCUGGGACAUGAACACCUGGCUCGGCAUAACCGUGCACCUCCUCUCCAUGCCCUCCUCCCGCGUCCACUUCCUCAUCAUCGGCUGCCACCACAUCACGCUCGACGGCGUCUCCCUCAACAUCCUCUACGCCGACCUCGAAAAAGCGUACAAAGGGACCGCCAAAGCCCUCCCCCCUCUGCCCCCAUCCGCCCAAUACCGCGCCUUCGCCCGCCAACAACAAGCCGACUACGCCGCCGGCAAGAUGGACGAGGACCUGGCCUUCUACCGCGCGCUGAUCCCGGAGCCCGCGGCAGUCAAGCCCCUCCCGCUCUUCCCCUUCGCCCGCGUCCGCGAGCGCGUCCCGCUCGAGAGCUACGGCGAAGUGACGGCUACAGCACGCGUCGACGCCCGCCUGACGACCGCCAUCCGCGCCGCCGCCCGCGCCGCCGGCGCGACGACGUUCCACUUCUACCUCGCGGCGCUGCACGUCCUCAUCUACAAGCUCUUGCCGGAGGUCGAGGAUGACGUCUUCAUCGGCAUCGCCGACGCGAACCGCACCGAUGCCAAGUUCGCGGGCACGCUGGGCUUCUUCCUCAAUUUGCUGCCGCUGCGGUUCUCCCGCGCAGCCGCCGAGGGAGGCCAGCAGGCGUCCUUCACCGAGUGCGUCAAGCAAGCCCGCACGAAAGCCUACGCCGCGCUCGCGCACUCGCGGCUGCCCUUCGACGUGCUGCUCGACCACCUCCCGGGGCUACCACGCUCGGCUGCGCACGCGCCGCUGUUCCAGGUCUUUGUCGAUUACCGCACCGGCGUGCAGGAGCGGCAGCGGUACAUGGGCGUCAAAGCCUCCGGCGAGAGCUGGUAUACGGCGCGGACGGGGUACGAUGUUGCGUUGGAUAUCAUCGAGAAUGCGGCGGGGGAUGCGCGGGUCGAGUUUAAGUUGCAGGACGCGUUUUAUGGGGUGGAGGGGGCGGAGGUGCUGGUUGAUUUGUAUGUGCAUGUGCUGAGGCAGUUUGCGGAGGAGCCGGGGAGGGGGUGGGGGGACGUUGAGGUGUGGCCGAGGGGGAGGUUGGAGCAGGCGGUUACUGUUGGGAGAGUCCCGUCGCCGGAGUACGAGUGGCCUGCCACGGUCGGCCACCGGAUUGAUGAGAUGAUCAAGAAGCAUGCGUCGGAGUUGGCCAUCAAGGAUGGCCGAGGCAAUGUGCUCACGUACGCCCAGAUGGACGAGCGGGCCAACAGCAUCGCCGCUGCUCUCGUGGAAAACGGAGCUGCGGACGGCGGGCGGGUUGGCGUGUUUCAGAACCCGACUGCGGACUGGAUCUGUUCCGUUGUUGCCAUCUUCCGGGCCGGGGCGGUUUACAUCCCUCUCGAUCUUCGGAAUCCUCUCACGCGGCUGGCCAGCAUCGUCAAAGCGGCAAAACCGGCUGCUAUACUUGCUCAUUCUGAAACGUGGGAGAAAGUAGAGGCGUUGGGCGGCGCUGAUUCCAGGGCUAUCAAUGUUUCGACACUGCCUGCUUCUCAUGAGCCAGUCGGCAACCGGGCCAAGGCUGAUGGUCCUGCUGUUAUCCUGUUUACCAGCGGCUCGACCGGUACCCCCAAGGGCAUGCACAUGAGCCAUUCCAACCUUGUCAAGCAUAUGGAAGCGUGGACCAUACAGCCAACCUUUCCCGAGAAUGCAACGAAGCUCGUCCUCCAGCAAAGCGCCUACACGUUCGACAAGUCUCUCGAACAGAUUCUUACGCCUAUUACCAUGGGUGGUGCGCUCUAUGUCGUCCCGGCCGAGCAACGUGGAGAUCCGGUCUCGAUUACGCAGAUUAUCGUCUCGGAAGGCGUGACCUACACCGACGCCACCCCAUCCGAGUACCUCAUGUGGUUCACGUACGCUGGCCAAACCCUUAAAAAUGCCACCACCUGGAAGUUCGCCGUUACGGCGGGCGAGGCGGUGACGGAGUCCCUUCUCGACGAAUUCCGCAAGCUAGACCUUCCAGUCACGCUGGUGAACAACUACGGACCCGCCGAAGCGACGCUCGAUGCUACGCUCGAGGAACUGCCCUACCGCGCAAUGAAACCUGGCGACCAGAUCUCGGCAGGUAUUCCACUUCCUGGGUACACGGUGUACAUCGUCGACGAAGAGUUGAAGCCCGUUCCGAUCGGCUGGCCCGGCGAGGUCGUCCUCGCCGGCGUCGGCAUCGUCGACGGCUACCUCAACGACCCCGAGCUCACAGCCAAGAAGUUCCUCCCCGACACCUUCGCCAACGACGGCGGCCGCAUGUACCGCACCGGCGACCGCGGCCGGCUGACGGCGAAGGGCCAACUCCUCUACGAAGGCCGCAUCGAGGGCGACACGCAGAUCAAGCUGCGCGGCGUGCGCAUGGAGCUCGAAGACAUCGAGGCAUCCAUUAUGAGCACCGCCAACGGCGCAUUGAGCCGCGCCGUCGUGUCCCUCCGCGGGGAAGCAGGCGCCGAGUUCCUCGUCGCCCACGUCGUCUUCGCACCCGGUUUCGCUGGCGACCAGACUGCCUUCAUCCACCGCCUCCCCUCCACGCUGCCGCUCCCGCAGUACAUGGUGCCCGCCGUCUUCGCCGUCGUCGACGCCCUGCCGCUCACGCCGCACCUCAAAGUCGACCGCAAGGCCAUCAAGAGCCUCCCGCUCCCCGAACAACAGCAGGCUCAGACCACCACCGCCGCCGCCGAUGACAACAACACCCUCGCAACCACCCUCACGCCAACCGAGCAACGUCUCGCCGCCAUCUGGCAAGAAAUCAUCCCCGGCGCACCUUCUGCCUUAUCCCCCGACACCGAGUUCUUCCACAUCGGCGGCAACUCGCUGCUGCUGGUCAAGCUGCAAGCGCUGGUGCGCCAGGCCUUCGCCGGCGCCAGCCUGCGCCUCAUCGACCUCAUGGACGCCGGCUCGCUGUCCGGCAUGGCGCGUGCGAUCGACGACGCAAUUCCCACCACCAGCAUACCACAAGCCGCCAUCGACUGGGACGCCGAGAUCGCGGUCCCCGCCGACCUCGCCACCAGGCUCACCCUCCCAACCACACCCCCCAGUGAGAAGGCCAGGAGCAAGCCGAAGCGCGCCGCCACAGACCUCACCGUCGUCCUAACCGGCGCGACCGGCGUCCUCGGCCGCAAUCUGUUGCAGCGGCUGGUCGCGGACCCGCGCGUGAAGAAGGUGUACGCCGUCGCCGUGCGGCCUACUUCGUCGUCGUCCCGCAUCCCCCCGCACCCCAAACUCACCACCCUCCCCGGCGACCUGACCGCGCCCCUCCUCGGCCUCUCGCCCGCCGCCGCCGCCCAAAUCGCCGCGGAAGCAGACGUCUUCGUGCACGCCGCCGCCAACCGCUCGUUCUGGGACGGGUACGGCAGCCUGCGCGCUGCGAACGUCGGUGCGGUGAAAGAAGUCGUUUCGAUGGCUGCGCCGAGGGGGGUGCGGGUGCAUUUUGUUUCGUCUGGUGAAGUCACUAAGUACUCCGGUGGAGUGCCGCCGGUUGAUGGGAGUGAUGGGUAUGUUGCGAGUAAGUGGGCGGCUGAGAGGUUCUUGGAGAAGGUGGUUGCGGAGGGGAUGGUGCCGGGGCUGGAGGUCGUCGUGCAUCGCCCGCAGGGAGCGGAGACGGAGGCCAGGCCGGCGCCGGCGGAGGUGGUUGGGGAGCUUGUGGGGUUGGCGAAGCAGGUGGGCAGGAGGCCGGUGUUGGAGGGGGUGGGGGGCAGUUUGGGCGUGUUGCCGGUUGAGGAGAUUGUUGGGGGUGUGGCGAGGGCGGUGUUUGGUGAGGAGGAGGAGGAGGCGGGGAAGAUCAAGGUGGUGGACCACGUCGCGACGAUGAAUGUUGAUAUUGGCGCUUUUGCGGAGAGCGUGGCGGGGGAUGAGGAGUUGAUGGGGCUGGAGGGGAUGGAUGCGCUGACUUGGACUGGAGAGAUCAAGAAGGCGGGUUGGGGCAUGUUUAUGGUCAGUCAAGAGAUCGUGAUGAUGAAGGAGGGUGAUGCUAUUGUGUCGAAGCGGUAG